CGCAUACAUACACGUGUCCCGUGGGGAGGGGGAGCAGGAGCAGGGGGAAGUUCGAUGUCGUUCGGUUCCCUCCUUUUUCGCAGCUACGCACGGUGGGCACUGAGCGCUGCCGCGGUUUCGCGGCCGGUGCUGCAGUCAGGAGCUGGCUCCGUGGGCCGGCGUGGGCGCUGACAGCCCUGGCCCCGCUCCCGGCCGGCGCCGCGCAGGCAGCCGAGGGUCACGGCGGGGCUCUCCCUGGGACCGCAGAGCGUCUCUCUGAAGGGGCGAGGAGCCGCCUCGUCGGCCUGCCCCAAGCGCACCCCUUAACCCUUUAGCACAGGGCGCUUCGGCCAUGCGGCGGCGGCGGGACGGGGCUGGGUCCCGGCCGCCUCCCCGCGCUGCCGGGUCGUGCCGGGCGUGCGGCGGGAGUCUCCCGGCUCCAUGUUCAUAUUUGGCCUUGGCCGCCGGUGCCCAGGAAUUUCCCGUCAUGCUCCCCGGGCGGCGGGCCCGUCACUGCGCUCCCGCGGGGCGGGGGGGCCGCGGCCGCUCCUUCGCUCCCUCGGGCCGCUCCCAUGCGCGCUGCGCCGCCGCCGCUGCUCCCCGCGCUCUGCCUGGCGCUGGCGGCCGCCGCAGGAGCCGCAGCUCUUGCCCCUGUUCUUUGCCUCUGGUUUUGUUGGUGAGGAAAUCACAGUGAUGUCUGCAUUCAACCUGCUGCAUUUGGUGACAAAGAGCCAGCCAGUGGCCCUGCGAGCCUGUGGGCUUCCCUCAGUUUUCCGUAGUGUGUAUCACCAGAGAUGUACUACUACAGAUGUCUGUUCACAUGGUCCAAAAGAAAAUAAAAGGUCAUGUAGGGAUAAAAAGGACUGUAAGGUGGUCUUUUCCCAGGAGGAGCUGAGGAAGCGGCUGACACCCCUGCAGUACCAUGUCACUCAGGAGAAGGGGACUGAAAGUGCCUUUGAGGGGGAGUACACACACCAUAAAGCUCAAGGAAUAUACAAAUGUGUUGUUUGUGGAACUCCUUUAUUCAAGUCAGAAACAAAGUUUGACUCAAAUUCAGAACAGGUUUCGGCUAACAACCAAGAGCAGAUGGUAAAACCAACCAACACCAAGGCUGAAAACCCUCUUAUCAUUGUCAGAGGUUGGCCUUCCUUUUACGAUGUGAUCAGUCCCGAUGCAAUUACUUUCAACGAUGAUUUCUCCUAUGGGAUGCAUCGGAUUGAAAUAUCCUGCAGUCAGUGUGGUGCUCACCUGGGGCAUAUUUUUGAUGAUGGACCUCGCCCAACUGGCAAACGGUACUGCACAAACUCUGCUUCAUUAUCUUUCAAGCCAGCAGACAAGAACAACGCUGGAGAAGGCAGUGGUAAUGCCAGUCCUGCCCAAACAGGCAAAGCUGAGCUGUAGGAUGAAACAGAGCCUGCGGAAAACUGUGUCGAUCCCACAGAUCUUCAAAGGAAUGUUUUCUAGUAUUCAAGUUGCCUGCUCUCUUAUAUCCUAAGAAUGUUCAAAUGUAUGAAAACAUUUUGCACCAUCCUUCUUCUUCCUCACUUUUCAGAACUAAGGCCUUGCCUGCCAGUGCAUUUACUGUAUAAUUGGAUUCAAAAAUGUAUUGACUGAGUGCACAGGUUUUCUUUUUUCUUCUUUUCUUUGAGAUUGCUUUGGGGAAUCUUUAAAUUGAGAAGCUUUGACAUCAUUAGUUAUUAGUUUCUUCUUAAUACUGUGUUACUCUAGGCUUACACACUAUUCCUUUUUGCGUGGGAAAUGGGACUUGUGUUUUUCUCCAGUCUAUAGGAAACUUCUGGGCAUAAGAAAAUCCUGGAUUCCUAGCACAUCUCUGCUUUGUUCUGACUUGUGAGGCAUGCAGCCUUUGGUCAUAUGUAUUCAACCAUCUCCCAACAUCAGCUGCACCUUGCAAAAACUUGUAGUUAUGGCUGUUCCUUCUCAGCUGAAAGAGAUAGAUGAGAUGUUAAAACCAUCCUUUGGCUAAUUUACUGCCAAAAUUUCAAGGGUGUGGUUGAGAGGAUGUAAACAUUGUCUCAGCAUCUGUGUUUCCCCUUUGUUUGGUAUUUAAAUCAAGGUUUUAACUAGCAAAGCUCACUUUUGCAGGCUACUAAUGAGGCUUUUUCUGUUUGUGAGGCCUGUUCAACAAGUGUAACGCUAAUCUGAAUUAAAGCUGAACUCUGCAGGGGGUAAUUAUAUGGGCAAGUGCAGAGAUAAACUUGCAAAGUGAAGUAGAUGAAGGAUGACACUAGGCUCUUUAUCUUGUCGGUUGCUACAAGGAUUCAGAAACAUGACAGUUUCUGCUAGAGAGAAGUUUACAAAUGAAUGCAGUAGAAAGAGGAAGACCUGCCUGAUGUAUCCAGUUGUUAAGAUUAGCUGGUCUGGAUGCGUACUGCAUACAAAAUCCAGACUUUAAUUUGUGCAAUUGUGAUGUAGGACAGGAGUGACAGUGUUGGUGUCAGAAAUUAAUUCGAAAAGAGCCUGUCUUAGUUCCAGAAAUUUUCAUGUAGCAAAAUUCAUUGUCCCAUAAGAUGUUUUUCACAGCUUCUUUUUGAUUUUGUUGAAUUACACUUAGAAUUGUGCAUAAUACUGUUCUUUAAGCUAUAGUAUACAGUAUUUGUUAACACCACUUUGCCUUUAAACACUGAGAGACUUAAUGAAUUUACUAGCAAACUUUUGACUGACAUGUUUGGAUCAAAUUUUAUUUUUAGUAGGAACAAAGCAAUCGUUGAUUUUUAUGGAAACAGGAUUGAGGUUUUUAUGUCAGUGAUAAUAAACAUGUUUUCUAAAGUUCAAACACCCUUCAGUUAAAAUAUAGCUACUGUGAAAGCAUGUGGAAUGAUCAUAAUUGCCUUUUUUUUAACAACGUUAGAAAGACGUGAAAAGAAUAUAAUGCACCUUAACAUUUAAUAGAUGCAAAUAAGGAUGAUAAAUAUUUACAGCUGAAACACUUGGGCUCUGCUGUAGUGAGCACCUACUCAUGUGAGUAUUCCCCCAGAUGUCAUGCAAGGAAUUGCUGUUCAGCUGCAGGAAAGGUUGUACAGAUUGACCUUUGGUGUUUCAAGGCAGUCGAGUUUCUCCUAGUGUAGUUAGGUUUUAGCAAUUUCUUCUAGAAGAGUGGCUUUUAUCUCUUGCUAUUAUUUAAAGGAUAGUAGGUUUUCUCUACCACAUUUUCUGACAUAAACAUUAAAAAGGCAGCAUCUAUAAAAAUGUGGUACAUAAAUGUGGUUUAAUUCCAGAUUGCCGUUUGAUUUAAGUAUUAUCAAAUUUCAGUAUAUUCCUGCCUUAUGUAAAGAAAUAUAUUACUUAAGCUUCAGAACACAGUAAUGUAUACUGUCCUACAGGAGAUUUAUUUUUGCAGGAUAUGGAAUGGAAUGAAUCAAUAUGGUGAGGUGUAUGUGAUCUCUGGGAGCUAGAUCAUUUAAUAUAGGAAAUGCAUUGUUCUUUUGCACAAGCUAUACCACAGCACAGUGCAAGGUAAGACAGAUUUCCUUUUAUUGCUCUUAGAAGAUGCUAGAAAGGGCUAGUAUUGAACCCUCCAAAUUUGGUUCAGUCUGGUGAUGAUCAUGACAGAGGAAACUUGGGAGCUGAGCACAAUGUAUAGAAUAAUAGAAUAUUUCCGUAUAUUUAAAUUUUGCACUGUCUAGAUGCUUAUAAAAGCUGAAUGCAAACUGUGUAGAAAUAGCAAACUAUAUUUUCUAAUACCUCUAUUUUACUCAGAUGUUUAAAUAAGAUACCUUAAAAAUCAUGUAAGUCACACAUUAUUUAUAUAUACUAUAUAUAUAUAUAAAAUUGCACUUUUUUAUAUAUAUAUACGAACACAUAUAUAUAUUAUUUGAGUAUAAUUUUAGCCUUCUGUACCUUUUUAAUAACUAAAACCUUUCCAUAAGAGGAUUCAAUACUUUUAAGAAAUCAAAUAUACAUUUUUCAAAUCAAAUUUGUUUUCAUAUAUUUGCUGUACACAAAUAUAAAAUAAAUUUCUUUAUAAAUAA